ACUAUGUGCUAAAUGGGCCAGCUGCACUGCUUGCCACGCUGGUGCUGCUGCUGCUGCUGUUGCGAGCAGGCGUCGACGCUGCCAGCGACAGCGCGCUUUAAGCUGCUGCUGCUGGGCGUCGCGGGCAGUGGCAAAACGCAGCUGGGGCAUCUGCUCAGCGGCGAGGAGCGCGACGCCAGCGAUCUGGGCGCCACGAAUGGAGUCCGCUGUUAUCGAGUGAUGGACCCGGAGUUGAGUCUGCUGCUGACUGAGGUGGGCGGCAGCGUGGAUAUGCAACGCAUUUGGCAGCAUUACUUUGCCACCUGCCAUGCGCUCAUCUAUUGCUUCGAUCUGAGUGCCAGCUACGACCAGCUGCUAGGCAGCUUUGCCCUGCUGCAGCGCUGCCUGCAGCAUGCCACAUUGCGUGGCAAGCCCGUGCUGCUCGUCGCCACGCGGCACAGCGAUGCCGUUCAGCUGUACGAUGUGGAGAAUGCCUUCGAUCUGGAGCAGCUGAGCCGCUCCUCCGGCUGCCCCCUGCACAUCUGCCACAUGGCCGACGAUGAGCUGCAAAUGGGCGUGGCCUGGCUGCGACGUCAGCUGCAGGAGUUGGCGCCAGCGCUGGAGCAGCGUAUCAAAUAUGAUGUUAAUAUGCAGUCCUGGGAACGACGCAAUCGUGCUUUACUUUCCAACGGUAAAUUGGACCAGCCGCAGCGCCAGCGCUUUCGACGUCCGCACAGAAAGGUAACGGUAUGCGUCCGAUCAACGCUUUAGCGCUCUCGCUCACACUGCUCUCUCAAUUACAGCUGUGGCCCCUCCAGUUGGCUGGUGACGUCACGCAGCCGCGCCCAUCGACAGCGCCGGCCGCCAUUUUCUCCGUGCGUGCACCAUGAAAACUGCCCUCGAAUGUUCAGCAAAAUGUGCCAAAGAUCAAUUUUUUUUCUGCUUCAGAACUAAUAAUAAGGCAAUAAGAUCCAUUUUUGUUCAAAAUAAAUAAUAAAUGAUUGAGACUUGUGUCACAGU